CAUGCCAAUUAAGAUUUCUUUGCCAACGAUUUCAUAACAAAAAAGUUAAAAAGUUGUAAUCAAGUCUAAUCCUAAUUCUAAAAAAAAAAUUCCUUAGGAUUAUAUAUAUUUCUUACCAUAUAUUAUUAAGUUUCAUUCUAUAUAUUUUAGGAGUCGUUAAUUUAAUAAAAUAAUAUUUUUUAAGCUUCUCAGCGUUUGAUUCCCACCACACUAGAAUUUCCAAAAGAGAAUCAGUUAGCAUUAUGCCACUAUUAUUUGGUAUUAGUGUUAAUACAGUUUGGAAGAUGGGAACACCUUGUACUUUGAGGUAGUAAAUAUUUAAACCUGAGUGGAGUAGCAAAUCCUUCCUCUUUCAUGCGCUUGGUUUUCUUUUCCACUCUGUUGUAAUAAGCAAGAAAGUGAUUCUGUAGGUGCAAUGAUUCCUGUGUUGUUUUUUUUUAGAAUGACUUGCUUCAGCUAUUUCAGCCCUUUGGAGUCAUUACCAAACUUGUAAUGCUUAGGGCAAAAAAUCUGGCUCUCUUGCAAAUGCAAGACAUUGCUGCAGCUGUAAAUGCAAUACAGUUUUAUUCAAAUGUUCAACCUAGCAUAAGGGGAAGAAAUGUUUAUGUACAGUUCUCAUCUCAUCAAGAACUGACUACUGUGGAGCAGAGUUCGCAAGGGCGAGGAGAAGAGCCUAAUCGAAUUCUGUUAGUUUCAAUACAUCACGUGCUUUAUCCUAUAACUGUGGAUGUGCUGUAUCAAGUUUUUCCACCUCACGGAGUUGUUGAGAAGAUUGUGACAUUUCAGAAGUCGGCAGGUUUUCAAGCUUUAAUUCAGUACCAGCUACUUCAGACUGCUAUUUCUGCUAGGAGCUCUCUCCAGGGACGUUAUACAUAUGAUGGCUGCUGUCAGCUUGACAUACAAUUCUCAAACCUGGAUGAAUUGCAAGUGAAAUACAAUAACGAGCGCUUGAGGGACUACACCAAACCAAAUCUACCAGCGGAGCAGAAGGGCAAAUCUCCUCAACAAGGAUAUGGAGAUUCAGGAGCCAUGUACUCCGUGCAAGGUUCUGGGCCUCGUGGAGGUGUGCAUCUCUCUCAUCAAGUUUGAAGUAUUUUUAACAUCUCAUGGUUAUCUCCCUCUUUGCAAUCAGAUCCAGGCGAUGCAGCUUAGUUGCUGCUUCUUACGCUCCUUUAAUCACUUCUUUCUUGCUCUAGCUUUCUCGUUUUUACGCACAAAUUUCCUUAAAUCUCUAAGUUGGAUUUUUCUUUGCUAUCAUUUGAAUAGAUGGGAAAUGCUGCAGCUAUUGCAGCUGCUUUUCCUAGCGGUUUGCCCCCUGGCAUAAGCGGGACAAAUGACCGGUGUACUGUUCUUGUAUCUGAUGUAGAUCCAGAUAAUUAAAAUCCUACGGAAUAAACCAGAUCAUGCUCUGGUUCAGAUGGGUGAUGGCUUCCAGGCAGAGCUUGCUGUGCACUUUUUGAAGCAUUAGAGGUGUUUUCAGUUCCUGGAACAAUGAUGGCAAUGCAAGUUCAAAGGAGGAGAGAUGAAAGAUUGUCUCAGCGUGCAUUUGGUGGACAGUGUGGAAUGAGAGGAAUCAGAGAUGUUUUCAACACAAGCAUAAUGACAUUCAGAGUCUCAAGAUCUCAAGAUGAACUGCUUAGCUUUGUUUUAUUUUUGGUGUAAACGGGAUAUAUUAGUGCAAACCGAAGAUAUUUUUGAUGUACUGGACUACUUAUAGGCAUGAAGGUCAACAUAAGUUCUCUCUCUGGUUUCUCUCGACUUUGCGCUCUGUAGUUAACUUUCUUUUCCAAUUGUUUCCUCACAAUCUGUUUAGUUGUUGUAUUUGUGCUGUUUAAUCUUAAGUUACUUUUUUUUGGAUUCAUUGUUUCCUUGUUCUGCUUUGUAUAUAUUAGUUAAUUGGACUUUGCAA